ACGAAAUCGUGCCACCACCACCAUCGCAGCGGAGGAGGCACCAGUGACGGUCACUUGUCAAGAGGAGGUCUAUUCCUGGAGAAACGCGACUCCGCCGCUGUCGGGCACAUGACGCUCGCUCGAGUUCGCUUCGCCGUUGAGCCUUGGGGGGGUGCCGAGCAUAGCAGGGUCCGACAGGGAGACGUCGCCACCACCACCACCCCGACGUGCGAGGAGGAGGAGGAGGCGCGCGUCCUCGCCGAGGGCUGCCGCCGCCGCUGCUGUGCCCGUUCACGAUUCCCCAGCCGAGGACAAAGGAGGCACGAGGUCGUCUCGUUUCGCCGUCACCGACGACGCCUCCACCACCACCACCACCAGCCCCUCUGCUGCUCGCCGACAGCUGCAGCCGCCGGCAGAAUUGGUCCAGCGGACGUGAUGGUGCGGGCGAGAGCCGGCAGCAAUGUUGGCUAGGAAGGGCCUCCUCGCCGAGGAGUACGUGCUCACCCGCCUCGCCGAGGACGAGGUGGGCCACCAGCCCAAGCAGCGACCGCGUCCUCGCAAGGCGCGCUUCGUGCGCAAGAACGGCGCCUGCAACGUGGCCCACAGGAACAUCCGCGAGCAGGGCCGCUUCCUCCAGGACGUGUUCACCACACUCGUGGACCUCAAAUGGCCACACACGCUCGUCAUCUUCACCAUGAGCUUCCUGUGCAGCUGGCUGCUCUUCGCCAUCAUCUGGUGGCUCAUCGCCUUCUCGCACGGCGACCUGGACCGCGUGGAGAACGCGCCGAACCCGUGCGUCACGGCCGUGCACUCCUUCACCUCGGCCUUCCUCUUCUCCAUCGAGGUGCAGGUGACCAUCGGAUUCGGGGGCCGCAUGAUCACGGAGGAGUGCCCGCUGGCCAUCACGAUGCUCAUCGUGCAGAACAUCGUGGGCCUCAUCAUCAACGCCAUCAUGCUGGGCUGCAUCUUCAUGAAGACAGCGCAGGCGCACCGGCGCGCCGAGACGCUCAUCUUCAGCAAGCACGCCGUCAUCGCCCCGCGCAACGGCAGGCUCUGCUUCAUGUUCCGCGUGGGCGACCUGCGCAAGAGCAUGAUCAUCGGCGCCAGCAUCCACAUGCAGGUGGUGAAGAAGACCACCACGCCCGAGGGUGAGGUGAUACCCAUCGACCAGGUCGACAUUCAGAUGGAGAACCCCAUCGGCACCAACGGCAUCUUCCUCGUGUCCCCGCUCAUCAUCUGCCACACGAUAGACAGCAAGAGCCCCCUGUACCUGCUUACACCCAACUCCCUCCAGCACGAAAACAUCGAGGUGGUCAUCAUCCUGGAGGGCGUUGUGGAGACCACGGGCAUCACGACGCAGGCCAGGACGUCCUACCUGCCCGACGAGAUCCUGUGGGGUCACCGAUUCGUGUCUAUCGUCACGGAGGAGGAGGGCAAGUUCUCGGUGGACUACUCAAAGUUCGGGAACACGACGCGCGUGGCCACGCCGCGGUGCAGCGCGCGGGACUUGGACGAGCAGCACGGAGCGCUGCCGGCGACGAGCUCACAGAGGGCCCAGAACGCCACACGCAGGAGGCACGCGGAGGAGCGGCGCGCGUCGGGGAUUUUGGAGACGCAGCAACCUCGCUUUUCGUGAUGCCAACCAUGCCUCAGCACAAGUAAAAAGCCACUGUUGUUUUCCUAAAGGGAAAAUGAUCGUUAAAUGGCAUUUUAUAUAUAUGUGGAAAAAAAAACUAAUUUACAUCGGUAUAUUUUUGUUGCCUUGAACUUUUUUUCCGACAGUUGGCUUCGGCGUGAAAAUGCCAUUGCUUGUUCACUUUGAAAUGCUGCUAAAACAAUCCGAAGGCCAAGAUGGAAACUGCAAAGAGUGUUGCUUGAAUUUAAAUGACACCGGCUCUAUGGUUUGUUUGCUGAGUUUGAGCCUCUUGCUUUCAGUGUUGAGUAGAGUUCGGCGAGGUUCGUGUCUGCUCAUUUUGUGUGGAUGAUUUAAAUGUUUUUGGAAAUCAGUACUCAACAGCCAAUUUGAGCAAAUUAUUGUACUGGCCAGGCAAGGGCUAAUUUAAGGAAGACGACAAUGUUUUUGGACGCUGUAUAUUGCUGUAUAAACUGUACACUUUUAAGCACAAAGAAGCAAUAUAUAUUGUGCAUGGAAGUUGGAUUUUUACAAUUGAUCUCAAUAAAAGCGUAAUAUAUCAUUAAUAGAAUACUGUGCUCUCUUUUCGAAAGCCAAAACUUUAACAAACGUAGAGCCGCUGUAUUUGACUGCCUGGGCAAGUGAUUGAUUGUGUAAUACAAUACGUAGACUCGCACCAAAUGGAGCAGGGAAAGUCUUAAAUGGAUUACUCUAAGCCUGACUCCACUUGUCAUGGAGUCAGUAGCUUCCAAGGGUUGAGGGCGUACAAUGCAAUUUGGAUUUAUAUAGCGUCUAAAUGCAGCCAUAUCUCAAGGCGCUGAACAAAAACAGUGGGAAUAUUUAUUUUGUAGAGAAGCAGUCGGUCGAUCAUAGGCAGAGGCGAACAAGGAAGGUCUGAACCUUGGACUUGAACAGAGGCAGGGAAUAAACUGCACGUACUGCUGGAUGCAGGAAAUUCCAGAUUGCAGGGACAAAAUUAGAGACCGACACCUUAUUGAAGGUUGACUGGGGGCAUCGAUAUAACUCCUUGGUUUCUGGAACCGAAAGUGCACAGUGGGGAGUGCAGUGAGACGAGAAGGGAGAGAUAGGGGCAAGCCCGCUGAGGAUCUUGAGUGCAAUCUUGAAAUUGAGUGUGGAUUGGAUUGGGAGCGAAUGGAGGGAUUGGAGUACUGAGUGGUCUCGUUUACUUAUGGUUACGGGUGUGGGUGACAAAUCUAACAGCGGCAUUUUGGAUCAUCUACAGAUUGUAGAUGAGAUAUUUUGGAAGGACAUAAAGGAGAUAAUUGCAAUAUUCCAGUCGGGAAGUGAAUAAGGCAUUGAUGAUGGUCUCGGCAGCAGUUUGGUUGAGGAGAUGACAAAUCUCACAUUUUAAAUAUUGUGGGUGAUGAAUAUUGUUAAAGACAUGUUUUACGGCAUAUUCAAUAAUGUCAUUGAGUGCUACUGUUCACUCAAUUCAGUGUCCUUAAGUUAAACCUAGGUCAUGACAAAUUAAAAAUAAUCUGCAUUUGCUAUGUCAUGGAAAAAGCAUGUGCUUUAUCUUUUCUCUUUCUCUUGCGUCCUUGCCAGGAACAAAGCUUUGCCACAACCUGAAAGAGUGUUUGUGCUAUUUCACGUGUAUACGGCUAACC